CAGGCCUGGGUGGGACCAUACGGGCGGACAGGCCCACAAGCACCUCCGCCCAAGCCGGAAGCCCCACCCGACUCGAGGAGGCGGCGGAAGACGUUUGGCCGAUUCAAACGUGAUCCUGUUUUCUCAUUGCUAGGAGACCGGGCUCGUGCGCGCGGCUCUGGGGGAGCGCGCGGGAAGGGGGCGGGGCCGCGGCAGCCGCCCGCAGGAGCCGGCUGAGCACCGUUUGGGCGGCCAGGCGCCUGGCGCCCGGCCGGCGCCUCGGGAAAAAAGAAAAAAAAAAACAAAAAAACGGCGUCUCUUUCUCUCCCCCACCGCCCAAGGCUACAGCCGGGCAGGCAGCGGCGCGUUUCCGAGCGGCGGUGAAUCUGGACGAGGAGAGGGUCGUUAGUUCCUCAGGUUGCUUAUUUCAGCAGAGAGGACACCAAACAAGAAAACGCUUGCACAUCGUUCUACACAAAUAAAGCGAUAAGAAAGCGUUUCAAGUUGGAAUACUUAAUUGCACCUGGAAAUGGGGAAUGGAUUGUCGGACCAGACUUCUAUCCUGUCCAGCCUGCCUUCCUUUCAGUCCUUCCACAUUGUUAUUCUGGGAUUGGACUGUGCUGGAAAAACAACUGUAUUAUAUAGGCUGCAGUUCAAUGAGUUUGUAAAUACUGUACCUACCAAAGGAUUUAACACUGAAAAGAUUAAGGUUACUUUGGGAAAUUCUAAAACAGUCACUUUUCACUUCUGGGAUGUAGGUGGUCAAGAGAAAUUAAGGCCGCUGUGGAAAUCAUAUACCAGGUGCACAGAUGGCAUUGUGUUUGUUGUGGACUCUGUUGAUGUUGAAAGGAUGGAAGAAGCCAAAACAGAACUUCAUAAAAUCACCAGGAUAUCAGAAAAUCAAGGAGUCCCUGUACUUAUAGUUGCUAAUAAACAAGAUCUGCGGAACUCAUUGUCUCUCUCAGAAAUUGAGAAAUUACUAGCAAUGGGUGAACUGAGUUCAUCAACUCCCUGGCAUUUGCAGCCUACCUGUGCAAUCAUAGGAGAUGGACUGAAGGAAGGACUUGAGAAACUACAUAAUAUGAUAAUUAAAAGAAGAAAAAUGUUGCGGCAACAAAAAAAGAAAAGAUGAACAGUGGUACCUUUUAUGUCUGUGUGUGGAAUAGGUUUUCUCUGAUCUGAUUUUGGCAAUUGGAAGAAUGUCUACAGCUUGGUUUUUGCCCACCUGCUGUCCUGGAUGAUGUUAAAGCUUUGUUUCAUUGAACAAUCAGAUAUCCAACUUGUUGGCUUGUGGAAGAUGAGUAUUAAGUGCAGUGCUUCUUAAUAUGGUUUCUUUCCCCUAUCCCACAAAUUUUUUGGUACUACCAUUUUGAGAAGCCAUGCAAGGAUAGUGAAAUAACUAUUUGACCUGAAGUUAGUGAAAUAAAGCUUUGAAGAGUGUCUGCCUAGUGUUUUGUGCUAUAUCAUGGGGAAGCCUUUGCAAAGAAAUUGUACACAGGGCUUUGUAAAGAUGACAUGCGAAUAAAUGGAAUGUUAAGGUAUAGUAAUAUAUAUCUUUGGCUGUAAUUAUAGAUCACAUUGGUCAACCAUUAAGGGUAAAGGAGGAAAUUACCAGUUUUUUUUAAGUUUUGACCAAAUGAGUUUUGACAUUUUCUGCAAUCAGUGUAAUGCUCUAUCUUAAUUCUAGACAAUGUUUAAGUUGGUCUAACUUAAAAUAAAAUAAGGUUUGGGAGGCAUAUUCAAGUGCAUGGACUAGUCUCCCAACGAAGCAUGUUUUGGUGUGUAGUAUUUUCCUUUUUAGAAAUAGCUAUACAUCUUUCUACACGGUCAGGUUUCAGACAUCUUUGGGAUUUAGGACGAUUGUAGAAAUAGUUUGUUGUCAGAAGCACUUUUAUUUAAAAGACUUAAACUAAUUUUACUUUGCCCAUAUAUAUAUAUAUAGCAAUAGUAAAUUUGGGUAUGUAUACACUAGUUGUAAACACAUACGCUUGAAGAUACCUAUGAAUUUAGGCGAAAGGCAGUUGAUGAAUUUAGUCAAGAGAAUGUUACUACCACAACCCAUUGUCUCCAAAGUAUUCCAGUUGUAAAAUACUUGUUUUAUUAAUAUUUGCUGGCUGAACACAGAUGUGGUUUUUCAUAUAUUUUUGUAAUGUUUUAAGAGGAAAGCUUUAUAAAAAACACCUGAUGCACUGUGGAGAGAAAAUGUAAGAUAUCCUAUAUGUGCUCUGAGCUUUAAUUUCUUGUUUACAAACUUAACAGUGUUACAUGGGCAGUCCAGCCCUGAUUACAAAGUAGGAAGAAAUGAUACAGUACUGUAGAUAAGAAUUACCACUAUAGAAAGUGAAGGGAAAAGUAUCAAAAGCUAUAUUUUGUGAAAAAUAACUGGUGCUGUUUACCUUGAGAUUUAAAAAAAAUCUGUAAAUUAAAAGGAUAAAGAAUCUUUACUUAAUUCUUAUCUACAGGCAAAACUUAUUUCCAGAGAUUGGAUAAAUUAGUACAUCAACAUAACUUCUAUGUAAAACCAACACCUGUUACUUCGUAAGAUAACCAAAAGAAAUGCUCUUUGCUAGCAGUAUUUUUGUUUUGUUUUUACUGGCACAGCUGAGUUUUUGGAAAGUAAGUUCUUGUCACUCACAAAAUGAAAUAACUUCCUGUGGAGCUUCAUAUGUUAAAUCUAUCUGCAUUAGUGACAGUCACUUAGAAUGUUUAUAUUCGAAGAGAUGUAGAUAAUGACUACCAAUAAAAUUAUUUGAGGCACUA